GUCUGUUGUUAGUUGUUAAGUUUUUUCGUAUUUUUGCUAAAUUUGUAGUGGCGUUUUCCGGGUUUUAUAAUUAUUUCCUGAAAUAAACGAUUUAAAUUUUAAAAAACGUAUUUUUCUUUUCUGGCUACAUAACCUAAUGCUUUGAACCUCAAUAAUAUAUAUUCCAUUGUUUACAAUGUAUAUGCAAAGCAACUAUGAUGAUUUUAUGCUUCAAGUCGAACAGGCCCUUAGCCUUCCAAUUGGCCCUAGAUGCGCCAAACUAACUGUAUUAAUCGAUCGAGGAAGUUUAUUACAACUACACAGUUUAUUUCCAGUCUUAGUAGAUAAUAUAUUUGGGGUGACAGGACAACUUGGGUGGGAGUUGAGAGGUAUAACUCAGGAAAGGUCUAUGGAUUUUGACCAAGUUAGGAUUUUUUUAUCAGCUGGUGGUCCUUUGUUUAACCUGAUAUAUAUGCUGCUGAGUAAUGAAAAUACUAAGUUCGACUUCCCUAUAAGAUGUUUACCAACACGAAUCAAACAAUACUUGGGUGCACAAUCUGGAAACCAGUUUUAUACAGAAUUAAUUAAUAUUAAUUCACCAAUAGGGCAACCAACAUCAUUAUCAUUAAAUCCGUUUGACUACUAUAUUUUCCAUUUUGCUUACCACCUAAUUAAUCCUUGUCAGCAAAGGUUUAAUACAACGGACGGUUUCUGGAAUACUCUUUAUUACACUCUAAGUUGUGAAUAUAUUUUACAUUUCUUGCCUUCCAGUCCAGGCAUUAUUUAUCCGAAAAUUGUUUAUGAUGGUAAAAACCCUAAUAAGCACCUUUUAUCCCAAUCAAGCAAUCAGUCAGCUACAUCUCCAAGUGUCAUGGAUGAUUCUGGAUCGGAGUUUGGGCUACUUUCUCCAAGAAGAAUGAAUGAAUUCAAUAACGGUCCAAUGAAUGGAUAUAUUCAUCACCCAAGGAAUGAAAUUUGGAGGAGUGAGACUGUUUUAAUAGUUUUUUCUGAUAUGUGGCUCUAUAAUGAUCUUAUUACUCGAUUACCUAAUAAAACGUCUAAUGAUGUUCCUUCUAAUCAAAGGAUGUUACCACAAUACAAUGAACUUCCUACUGCAGAAUACAUGAGAAUAAUCCGAGUUCUAGUUAAAGAAGUACAUAGGUUUUCAGAUAGCGCAAGUUCUGACGAUACAUAUUUGGGCGAAUUGAAAAGAAUAUCCGUUUCAAUAAUUCAGGAAAACAUUUACAUAUUUUUGAGAAAUUUGGUUAAUAGGUGGCCUUUGGACGCUUCUUUUAGGCUAGUUCUGGAAGUGUGGUUGACUUAUAUACAGCCGUGGAGGUACCUGGCGCCUAGUGUAGAUAAUUCUUGGCCACAACAGGGAUACACUGAGGACACUGAAAGACUAACUUUAGAACCGCAAAAGAAGCAAAGAUAUCUUUCAAGCAAUUAUAAGCAAUUUAUUGCUGAGAAUUUAUUGUGUUAUGUUGUGAUCCUUGAGCAAAUACUGCCCAGAUUCUCCAGGGUUGAUUUGGAAAGUCCAAAGAUGGCAUUGAUUUUGUUUAGGUUAGCAAAGGUAUUUGACCAACCCAAUUUACCAGAUUACAUUAAAGAAAUGGAGCAAUGUGUUAAAAAUCGUCUUUCCUCGCCGGUGGAGUCCCCGACAAACCAAACAACCCCUGCAUUGUCCAGCUUCUCAAAGAGCCCUGAGAGAUGGUCUACCAAGUUGAAAAAUCCUAAUACUCCCAAUGCCUAUGUAAAUCAGCAUGCUUCGAUUUUUCUAGACAACACUCCUAUGAUACAGCCGGAAAGUAGAUGGCUAGUUAUAACCAGGCAGAAGAUACUUGAGCUAGAAGGACCACAUUUUUAUUAUAGACCUUUAUUUACAGAGCCACCAGCAAAAGAAAUAUUGACCUUACUAAAUCAAAUAAAGCAAGCAGUAAUAUCAGCGAAUGAUAUCUUGAGGAAUAGAGAAAAAGAAGAAAAAAGAAUGUUCUCAGGCCUCUGGGGACUAUUAACAUAUUUUGGCGAUAAUAGUGAUGACGAAUUCACGCUGGAAGAGAGAAAAAAAGUUCCAAUUUUCUUACAAGUGGCCUUCAAUCAUUUAAAACACAUGUUCGAUGUUAAAACUGUAUUUAUUGAAGAUGAGGCUGAACACUCAUUUCAAGCCAGUGGUGCAAGCGCUUUGGAAAUAUCAAAGGAUUCCAGAUUUUUAACUCCACAGAGCAGGCGUAGGCUAGUGCGAACAUUGAAAUAUGAUGGUGAUCCUGAUUUAGAACGAACAAGAUCCUAUGAAUAUUCUUUCCUAGUCUGGUAUUUAUAUGGAAUUGCCGUAAAAAUUAACAACAAAUAUUGCCAACUUUUCUACGAACUUUACAACAAACCAGCUUACAUGGGAAGAUUCUUUCGUCGAUUUCUUCUACCUCCGAUAACUGUAUACACUUACGAUAAAACUAUGAUAGGAUGUCCAAGAGUCAGCUCCCAACUACCGCCAAGAAUUAGCUUCCGAACUUUUGCCCAUCAACAAUUCAUAUUCUAUUUCCUGACUGGAGCAGUCGUAGCUUGGGCGUAUGGUUACAACAUAUUUUCUUAUGUGUUUAUAUUAUCUAUCAGUUUUCUACUGUAUAAUAUGCUGAGAGCUAUUCCUAGUGAUGAAAGCCCUCCAAUUAAGCACAAUUAUCCUACAGAAGGUUUUGGAAAUAUCAGCUUUGAUGAUUCCUUUUAAAAUUUGUACUUGUUAGAAUAGCUACAUGGAUAUGAGAUGAUAUUUGUAUCCAUUUUGUAUAUUUUUUUAUAAUAUUUAUAUUUGGUUUUUUUACCAGUAUUUUAAAAAUGAUCUGCAUCAAAAGUAAUCAUAAAACAGGAAACUAAGUUUAACUAUAUCAUUUUAAAGUGCUUGUGAAGUAUUACUUACAAAAAAAUAAACUGACGUAGGUACGUUUUCAUUUAAGUGCCAAAAUAGAAUUAAUGAAAUAUUUAAACCCUGAAUAUGCAAGGAAAAACUAACAAUGUUAGAAAAAUAGAUUCCAUAUAAUGUAAUACUCAAUACUGAAGAUAAUAAAUAAAAAAAAUUGUUGAAUAA